AUGUCGUGGCAAACUUACGUUGAUGAGCAUUUGAUGUGCGAUGUUGGUGAUGGUCAAGGACACCACCUUGCCGCCGCAGCUAUCGUCGGUCAUGACGGUAGCGUUUGGGCUCAGAGCGCCAACUUCCCUCAGUUCAAGGGACCAGAGUUCACAAAUAUAAUGAAAGAUUUCGAUGAGCCGGGUCACUUGGCUCCCACGGGGCUAUUCAUAGCAGGAGCCAAGUACAUGGUGAUCCAAGGCGAGCCAAACGCUGUUAUCCGUGGCAAGAAGGGAGCAGGAGGGAUAACCAUAAAGAAAACAGGACAGUCGUGUGUGUUUGGGAUCUACGAAGAGCCAGUGACACCAGGACAAUGCAACAUGGUCGUCGAGAGGUUGGGUGAUUACCUCCUCGAACAGGGUCUCUAG